UCUAAAACUGCUCUUGUCUUAUUGCGUUCGUACUUGUAGCUAGUUGUUGAAAUUUUAUCAACUACAUACAUUCGUUGAGGUAUUUCUUUUGGCUGCUGUUUUUUCCAUAUCACGUGCUCGCUGAAAUUUCUGUUUAGUUUUAUUUUACGGUUUGAAUUCAUAUUAAUAACUCUCGAACUGUUUUUCUAAUAUCAAGUUUAAUUAAUACACACCUAGGUGGAUAAAAAUACAUCUAAAAGUUUAUUUUGAAUUGUUAGUGUAGGUAAAUUGAGUCAAGUGUCUAAUUAUUUAUUAUGGAGAUGGAUGUCUGCAAUUCAAAUGAUAGUGCCACGAAAAUGGAUGAGCCUAAAACAGCGACCAAAAUAGAGGGUUGGUUGCAGCGAUGCAGGGAGUCCAGGAGACUGGUGUUGAUAAUCGUGGCGAUUGCUUUAUUAUUAGAUAAUAUGCUUUUGACAACUGUGGUUCCAAUCAUACCGGAAUUUUUAUACGACAUAAAGCAUCCGAAUUUACCAUUGACUAAGGAACUUCCUAUACGACCAGUGGUGACUACGACUACGAAUGAUACAGCUAUAAUUGGAGUUAACGCUACGUUAGCACCUUUACAAAGAGAAAUGGAAGAAAGGCAUCGUGAUUUGAUGCACGAAACUGUUGAAGUUGGUUUGAUGUUUGCAUCUAAAGCAUUUGUCCAGUUAAUAGCCAAUCCCAUCGUGGGUCCUUUGACACAUAGAAUAGGAUAUAGCAUACCUAUGUUUGCUGGAUUUAUAAUCAUGUUCAUAUCAACUCUUAUAUUUGCAUUUGGAAGAAGUUAUAGCGUUUUGUUUCUGGCCAGAGCAUUGCAAGGUGUCGGUUCCUCUUGUUCAAGUGUAUCAGGUAUGGGUAUGCUAGCUGAACGAUAUCCAGAUGAUGAAGAGAGAGGAAACGCGAUGGGUAUAGCUUUAGGAGGUCUAGCUCUAGGAGUUCUAAUCGGACCGCCUUUCGGCGGAGUCAUGUAUGAAUUUGUAGGGAAGACAGCACCCUUCUUAAUUCUAUCAGCUUUGGCAUUAGGAGACGGAUGCUUACAAUUGUUGGUUUUGCAGCCUGGAGUUAAACAACAAGAUGUAGAACCACCUACACUAAAGUCAUUAGUGUCUGAUCCUUAUAUUAUUAUGGCAGCAGGUGCCAUAACAUUCGCUAAUACAGGAAUUGCGAUGCUAGAACCAUCUUUGCCUAUUUGGAUGAUGGACACAAUGGGUGCAGUUCGUUGGAAGCAGGGUGUAACUUUUUUGCCCGCCAGUAUUUCAUAUUUAAUAGGAACAAAUUUAUUUGGACCAUUGGGUCAUCGAAUGGGAAGAUGGUUGGCAUCAAUGUUGGGCCUAAUUAUAAUUGGCGUUUGCCUAUUAAUGAUACCAAUGGCCAGAAGUAUAAACCAUUUAAUAAUACCUAACGCCGGAUUAGGUUUCGCUAUUGGUAUGGUAGACAGUUCGAUGAUGCCAGAACUAGGGUAUUUAGUGGAUAUUAGACAUUCUGCUGUGUACGGAAGUGUUUAUGCUAUCGGUGAUGUAGCAUUUUGUUUAGGAUUUGCCAUAGGUCCUGCUCUCAGUGGAACUUUGGUAAACAGCAUUGGAUUUGAAUGGAUGUUAUUCGGUGAUGCGAUACUAUGUUUUAUGUAUGCUCCUCUAAUGUAUUUCUUGAGAUCACCACCUACAAAAGAAGAAAGAAAGACAUUAAUUGGAGAAAAAUCAUCGGUACGAUAUAUAAAUUAUCAAAACGACGAAGAAGAUGAAUAAAUUGAACAAUCAAUGAAAAUUUUUGGACUGCAUAUUUUCUUUGAUUUUUUUUUCUAACCCGUAUAACUUAUAAUUUAGUAUCCUUUAUUUUUUAUUGAUGUGUCGAUAUACUAUUAUAUUAUACUUACAACCUCUGAUCUGAUGUACAUAAUCGUAUAAUCAUACAUCGCGAUUAAGAACAUAUGAGAUGGUACUUCUCAUAUUCGUUUAAUUCUAAUGUUAAUUUAUUGAAAUGAUUUUCAAAAAUUAUUUCAUAGGACAAAUAAGAAAUGCAUUGAAAAUGAAAUCGUGUAAAAUCGUUUCAUUAAAAUUUAAUCGUAAAUGCGAGUGGUUACCUUUUUAUUGUUAUUUCAAUGUUUAUUGUUAAAGAAUAAGUAAGCACAUUUUUUUGUUUUUGUUUUUUAUGUUACACUUCACAACGUUUGUUUUUAAAAAUUUUUAGAUCAACAGCUGGUGUAAUGGAACAAUAUGUUAGACUUGUUUUUUAUUUUAUUAUUACCCUAUUGUUAUAUUAUAUAAAUGACUUUCCUAAUUUAUUUUUCUGACUUUCUAACUUAUUGAAAAUUGAAAACGAAUCAAUCCAGUUCUUGUAGCAAAAAAAUCCAAACAUCCGUUCCCUGAAAAAUUGUUCGACCUGUUCUUCCCUGGAUGAAAGAAAUUGUUAUUUCAUAAAUAAUAUGUGUUAGUUAACGAAUGCAAAUAAUUGCUGAAUAGACAAUAAAUAAUUUUAAUCUUUAAUAUUUUUAUUACUUAAGUUCUGCUUAACGGUAAUAAUAUAAACACUUACGUAAGUAUAAAAUAAGAAUUUAACCUAAGGCCUAAUCAUUAAGUGAUUGAUUGUAUUUUCUUUAAUAGAAUGACAAAAAAGUUUUAAUUAAUAUGUUUUAAUGACGCUUUUAAUCAUAAGAUUUACGACAGUGCUUAUACUUCAAUGAUAUAUACUGUGAAUAAUAAACAUUUAAGAGCUUGAGAA